AUGGUCCAACUCCUCACCCUUGGCCUCCUCCUCCUCGGCGCCCUCGCCACCACCACCCAAGCAUGCACCUACUGCCAAUGCGAAUUCGCCAACAGCGAGCAUUGCUGCGUGUACUCGGACGCAAGCGCCGGAGAGCUGGACUGCGCGUCCAUCUGCGCCAACGCUCAUCGCGCGGAUGGGGUCAGCAACUCGGAUGGAACAGCCGGCACCGCUUGCAAUGCUGGGGGGAAGUAUGAGUGUAUUAGUGCGUUCACGGCGCAGGAUCGGACGCCUUGUUAUACGGAGUAG